AUGCGGAUUCGGGUGACGCGGGGCUGGCGAGUGGCGCAAAGACACGGGCGGUUUUACUUGAGAGGAAGUGACCUUUUUGUGUUGCCUUCUGUGAACGAAGACCAGAGUUUUAGCAUUUCUUUGGAGCCCGAGGAAGCAGCAGCAGAGCCUGCUGCUGCUGCUGCUGCUGCUGCUGCUGCUGCUGCUGCUGUCGUCACGCUGCAGGCCGCGCUGCUCUACACCAACAGCGACGGCGAACGCCGCAUUCGCGUCCACACCUUCUGCAUUCCCCUCACGCAAAACAUGCAGGAAAUUGCAGCUUCUGUGGACCCGGAAGUCACUGCGGCUUUGAUGCUGCAGCACGCGCUGGACUUGGCCAUUCGCUCCAAAAUUGCGGACAGCCGCAGCUAUUUGCAAAGCCUCUGUGUGCAGCAAAUGUCGGCGCUGCAGCAGCAAGGGGGCCCCCCCUAUGCUGCUGCUGCUGCUGCUGCUGCUGCUGCUGCUGCUGGCGGCAGCAGCAGCAGCAACGCGCAGCAGCUGCAGCGCCUCGCCUUCCUCGUCAUGGGGGCCCUCAAGUCUGCUGCUUUCCGGGGCCCCAAGGAAGUGAAAGCACCAAACCGAGAGCAGCAGCAGCAACAGCAACAGCAGCAGCUGCAGCAACAGCAGCAGCGGCAGCAGCGGCACCAGCAACAGCAGCAGCAGCAGCAGCAGCAGCAGCAGCAGCAGCAGCAGCAGCAGGGCGUAUCUAUUUUUGGCUUGAGCAGCGACAUGCGGGCCUUCGUCUUCCAGCGGCUCUCCUCCGUCUGCCUGCAGCAGCUAGUGGCUUAUUUGUCUCCCCGCAUGUUCGACAUGACUGCAGCAGGACUCGAAGCAGCAGACCAGCAGCAGCAGCAGCAGCAGCAGCAGCUGCUGCUGCUGCCACCCGCGCUGCCACCCUCCAGCCAAUACAUGUCUCAAGACGGGGCUUACUUGCUCGAAAACGGAGAGCAGCUGCUGCUCUGGGUUGGCAGGUCGAUAUCUUCUGAGUGGCUGACUUCUGUCUUUGGGGUGCACUCUCUGGACCUGCUGCACCCAGAAGCAGCAGCAGCAGCAGCAGCAGCAGGCAGCAGCAACGACAGCUUGGGGCUGCGAGUUGCUGCUGUCAUUAGAGAGCUGCAGGCCCAAAGGAGACAGCCAGAUUUCAUGAACUUGACUGUCAUCAGGCAAGGAGACCCCAAUGAGCAGAUGUUCUUUUCGAUGUUGGUGGAAGACCGCGUGCCGUCUUUGCCAACACAGACAUCGAGGGCUUAG